CACCGUGCGUUUAUUGUCACGUGAUAAAUGAAAUUGGAAAGAUGGGAAAACAUUGUUUAGUAUUUACAUACAUACUAUUGCAUUGUUGCGUAUAUUUAUUAGUUGAUACAACUGAUGAGAGUCCAUUUAAAAUAGGCAAAGUCAAUGUUGUUUGGAAUAAAGCUCGGCAGGUUUUGAAGGGGAAGAGAUUGACAGAUCUGUAUGCUGACCUUGUUAUCCAGGAUAAACGAGAAAAAGAACUAAAGAAACAAAAGUUUGAUGGGAAAGACAAAUUUGGUCUGUUUGAGGCGGAUGUUAGACAGGGAUUAGUAGAAAUCAUCAAGAAGUAUGGCCUAAGUGAGUAUUUUCCCAAUGAGAGGUACAGUGAAGGAAUGAACGAAAAACGUUCAAGGGAUAAACACUACCAGAUAAAAGACGAUAGACUCGUGAAAAUUCUGAAAAAUGCAAGAAAGGAAGGAUUUACAGAUACUGAGAUUCAGCUUCUGAAAGAAGAGCUGGGACAUCAUCAGCUGAAACUGGAUGAAUAUAACUCCCUGAAGCUGGAUUAUGAAGUUUUAGAAGAUCAGGUAGAUAAUUCCUUAGAAAAUCUUGAUGAGCAAGAGAAACUGUGGAGUGAGCUGGCACAGAAAAAGAAAGACAUGAAGGAUAAACAUAAACAGUUCCGUGAAGGUCUCAAGAGACUUGAGAAUCAAGUCACUGAUAGAGAUAACUCUGCAGGAGUGUUUGAAGAUCCUAGAGUAUACAAACUAUGGGCCUUGGCACUGAAAGCUGGUAUGAAUGAAGCUGAACUGGAGUCUGUCAGGAAAGAAUUAACACAUUUUGAAAAUCGAAUAAGGAAAGCAGAGUAUAUUCAAAGUCAGCUGGAGAAAUCUGAGCAAAAGCAAAAUUCUGGGGUACAAGUAGAUGAAAAAGAACAUGAAGAGUUACGACAAAAAGCAAACCAAAUUAAUAAAAAGGUUGACAAAUACCACAAGGAUCUAGAGGAAAGAAUACAUAAACACAUCGAUGAGUUAUAACAUACAUGUGCAAUAUUGUGAUACAUUGGAACUUACCAUAGUGCUUCCAGGGAUUAAUACCAUGUUGGACAUGAUUGAUCUGCCUUUGCGACCAGUGUAGAUCAUGAUCAGCCUGCACAUCCAUGCAGUCUGAUCAUGAUUUGCACUGUUUGCUAUUCAGUCAGUAUAUUUUUGGUAUGCACCCCUUUUAACAGUUAAUGGUACUGGCCAAAUUGGAAGAUGGACAAGUUCAUUAUAGAAAUUUAGCAUGGGAAGGGUUAAUACUGUGUUGGAUACAGGCUUCAGAAGGUGACUGAAGCAUUAAAGAGAAGAAAGUGUAAUAGAUGUAUGGUAGGAAGAUAGUAUGUUGCAUGCUCAUUAAUGCAUUUAAUAAUCAAGUGUCUGCAGUAAAACAUAUAUAAAUACCAUGCUAGGGAGAGUCAUGAAGUGAAAAUUCACUUAACAAGUUUGUUAUAAAUAACAGAAUUAAGAAUAUAUUGUGAAAUUAUUUAUACAUUAGGAAUUCAUGGUUGUGUCAACCAGUUUAAUCCAGUGUACAGAUACACUUCCAGUCCCAGUGUACGAACAAAUUCUUAUUUGAGCCGUGCCAUGGGAAAACCAACAUAGUGGGUAUGCGACCAGCAAGGAUCCAGACCAGCCUGCGCAUCCGCGCAGUCUGGUCAGGCUCCAUGCUGUUCGCUUUCAAAGCCUAUUGGAAUUAGAGAAACUGUUAGCGAACAGCAUGGAUCCUGACCAGACUGCGCGGAUGCGCAGGCUGGUCUGGAUCCUUGCUGGUCGCAUACCCACUAUGUUGGUUUUCCCAUGGCGCGGCUCAUUUGUUUUCUAUUCAAAAGUACAAAUCCACAAAUUUUUAUCACCGCAAAAAAAAAGCUACAUGUUGUGCGAAGUCAUGAAAUUUUGUGCUUUAAAUGAUUUUGUUGUAGUCAUACUUUCCUAGCUGAUGAUAAAAUCUGUUCUUAAGCAUGUGAGACAGUUUGGGUGAUUGGAAGAAAGAAAGUAGAUGGUGGAGUGCAGUGUUUCAAGAUUUCGUCUUGAAGGCUUUUAUUUCAGGAGAUGAAGUUUAUUGUCUAAUUGCUUAGAUUAUAUUGUAAAGUCUUUCAUUUAGUUUAAAACAAUUACAGGUACAUAAUUAAAAUGAGUAGACAUUGUCCAUUAUAGACCUGAAUUUGGUAAUUUCUGCCUCCUCUUUCACUAACUGUAAAAGGCUUGAAUUCAUACAAGACUAGGAUUUAUAGCUGUUAAACACACAAGUCAUUGGCUUAUUUCCGCAAUGCCGUAACUAGCUUUUUGAUAGUUUUUGGAAACAAAGUUUAAAGAUUUGAGUGUCAUUGACUUUGCACUACUUUAAGCCUUGUUUAACUAAAAUUUAACCUGUUUAUAUUAGUUGUAGAGGGCAAAAAAUACACCAUCAUACAGAGGUCUUCGAGACAUUCCUAAUUUACCAAAAAUGGACUUGCUGCAUUGUGGAAAUAAGCAACAAAAUAUAGAACAAUUAUCUCUGGAAAAUCUUCCACAAAUAUAGAAUACUUAUUAUUCUACUCAAAUGUUGCAUAUUUCUAAGUGAAAAUGUGGUCAGGAAAAUAAGACAGUCUUUAUAACACUCUGCAACAUUUCAGCAAUAGAAAGAUAUCAGUGUGAUACUGGUUUAUUUAUAAGAUGUUACAUAACUGUUGUAGUUUUAUGUUGUAUUUUGCUAAGAAUUUUUUGCAUGUUCUGUUUGUUAUAUGAUGAAUCUCUGUUAUAUUUUUAAUCACUUGAGCCAGUCAAGUUCAAGUGAUUGAUUGUGGUCAUGUUUUAUCUUUAAUAUACAUAACCGUUUGUGAAAUAGAUAAGUUUUCAUGUAUUUCUUGAGGUAUUUUCUAAUAUAAUCAGAUGUUUAUGUACUUAUAUGUAAACAAUCACUGAAGCUAUGAGUGGUGGGGGCAUAUAGAUUUGGUCUUGUCCAUCUGUCCGUCCGUCCAAAGUUCGGGACGCGCCUAGCUCGAAAAGUAUUUGAUAUAAAUUGAUGAAACCUUGCAUGAGUCUUUAUCAUGAUAUGAACUUGCGCACCUCCUAUUUUUCGUCUGGCUCCACCCCCUAUUUUCAGAGUUAUGGCCCCUGAAAUAAUUAAAAAUGCACAUUUUGACGACAUGCCUAGCUCAAAAGUGUUUGAUAUAGAUUCAUGAAACAUUGCAUGAGUCUUAAUCAUGAUUUGAACUUGCGCACCUCCUAUUUUUCAUCUGGCUCCGCCCUCUGUUUUCAGAGUUAUGGCCCCUGAAAUAGUCAAAAAUGCACAUUUUCACCUUGUGACAUUCCUAGCUCAAAAAGUAUUUGAUUUAGAUUCAUGAAACCUUGCAUGAGUCUUAAUCAUGAUAUGAACUUGCGCACCUCCUAUUUUUCAUCUGGCUCCACCCCCUAUUUUCAGAGUUACGGCCCCUGAAAUAGUCAAAAAUACACAUUUUCACCUUGUGACACGCCUAGCUAAAAAAGUAUUUGAUAUAGAUUCAUGAAACCUUGCAUGAGUCUUAAUCAUGAUAUGAACUUGCGCACCUCCUAUUUUUCAUUUGGGUCUGCCCCCAAUUUUCAGAGUUAUGGCCCCUGAAGUAGUCAAAAAUGCACAUUUUCAUCUUCUGACAUGCCUAGCUCAAAAAGUAUUUGAUAUAGAUUCAUGAAACCUUGCAUGAGUCUUAAUCAUGAUAUGAAUUAGUGCACCUCCUAUUUUUCAUUCGGGUCCGCCCCUAUUUUUGGAGUUAUGGCCCCUGAAAUAGUAAAAAAAUGCACUUUUUCACCUAAUUAUAUACCUAGCUCAAAAAGUAUUUGAUGUAAAUUCAGGAAACCUUGCUGGAGUCUUUAUCGUCAUGUGACCUUGCACACUUGGCAUUCUUCUUGAGAAUCUUAGCUCUUAUUACAGAGUUAUGGCCCUUGAAAUAGCCAAAAUAAUGGAUUUUUUGCUUGUGAUGCUCAUAGCUCAAAAAGUAUAGGGCCUAGAAUAAUGAAUCCUUUUCAUAAAAUGUUUGUUGAGGCUGUACCCCAUUAAGACUGCAAACAUUUGAAUUAUUGCCCCUUAUUUGUGACAAAUGUGCCAGUGGGGGGUACACCCUGUUAUUAGUUUGUGAUCAUAAAUCAAGAAGUUUUGUUUGUCCGAAAUAUCUCUUAACAUUAUCACUAGAAAGAACAAACAUCAAUUGUGUGCUCACUAGCACAGAUUUGAGUUUCUGGUGUAGCAUUUGAACAGAAUUAUAUGCUUAAGCUUUCUGAGAAGAUUUUAUUUCGUAACAUUUUGCUGUUUACUGACUUGCAGUUUUGUCUGUUGUGCAUUUUGAUCUUUUUGGGUACUGUUAGGGCUACCAUUGUUACCAUUAAAUGUAAAGGUAAAGACUAGUAUCUUAUAUGUAUUAGCUCAUGUGAACUUUGUUCAAGGUGAGCUACUCAGGCGGGGCGUAUGUUCUCCGUGACUAUUUGAUAAACGACAUUGUGUCUGAAAUCAUUUGUCCUCCACCUCUGAUUCAUGUGGGGAAGUUGGCAGUUACUUGCGGAGAACAGGUUUGUACUGGUACAGAAUCCAGGAACACUGGUUAGGUUAACUGCCCGCCGUUACAUGACUGAAAUACUAUUGAAAAAUUAGAGUAGGUGGAUAGUCUGGCGUGAUUGUGUCGUCUACACAGGUGCCGGACCAGUCUUGGUGCCCAUAUAUGUCCCCCAUCCCAUCCCUCAAAAAAAAGUUAAAAACCACUGUUUUAAUCCUGAAACCAAAAAAAAAAAUGAAAAAAAUUUCUCCUGUAUUAUACUCUUAUAUGUAAAAGGUGCUUGUGUUACCUGAACGCUAUGGCGGUUUACUAGGACACGCUGUGGAACAACCAGAAUGCCCAGUUAAGUAACAGUAGAGGCUAUCUUGCUGCAAUUUACACAUCAUACAUUAUAAAAAUAGUAAACAAUCUUGUUCUGCCAAGUAAACAGCUUAAAUAACUUACAUUUAAAUUCAAACAAGCCAAAUUGUCUAGACACUUGCAAAAUAACAGUGAUGAUCGGCCAUUUUGUUUCAAAACGAAAGUAGAAAACCUAUUCCGUUGUUGGCGUCUUAGAAUUUAAAUGUAAGUUAUUUCAGGUUGUAUACUAGGUAGAAUAGGAUUGUUUACUGUUUUCUAAAUGUCCGAUGUGUAAAUGGCAGCAGGGUAGCUAGCACUGGUACUGAACUGGACAUCUUAGGUGUUCGACAGCAUGUCCUAGUAAACCUCCAUAGCGUUAUCCCCUUAGGGUCAAAUAUGGCCCCGCCCGGGGGUCACAUGGUUUAUAUAGACUUAUAUAGGGAAAACUUUGAAAAUCUUCUUGUACAAAACCACAUGACCUAGGGCUUUGAUAUUUGGUAUGUAGCAUCAUCUAGUGGUCCUCUACCAAGAUUGUUCAAAUUAUCCCCCUAGGAUCAAGUAUGUCCCCGCGUGGGGGGGUGGGGGGUCACAUGGUUUAUAUAGACUUAUACAGGCAUGAGAAUUCUCCUUUUUGACCAUUCAGGAAAUAUCCGGGGGUCUGGGGGCCGCAGGCACCCAACAGGGUGAAGGGGCAGCACCCCUCUGGGGGGGACCAGGGGGGCAAAGCCCCAGUGACGAAAAUGGAUUUUAGGUAAUCUGGAAGGGGCUAGAUCAGCUCUCUUUGCUUCAUUUUCCUGUCAUAUUUUUGUCAAUUAGAUUAUGCUAGAUGGCUUUACUGGUGAUAAAAAAUGCCAAAUUAGACAAUAAUAUGCAUAACAACUGCCUGCUUAUAUGCAGUAUGGAGCUAACCCCUUCCGAAUUCUUAUGAUAGGUGAUCAUAGAAUACAACAAUAUUUACAUAAAAUAAUUUUGUUGUUUACUAAAACCUUAAAAAAUAUCUUGAAACAAAUCAUCCAAAACCACGGAAAGUUCCUAUCAGUUCUUUCAAUGACAAACAACUUACGAGUCUUCCCUUCAGAAAACAGCUGAGCACACCGGUAUAAAAGGUUGUCAUGAGUAUGCAUUUUCAAUAAACACUUUAAAUGUGAUAUACAUGUGUAAUAAAACAAAUAAUAACUGAACAAAGCAAAAAUAUUCUAGUGAUACUCAGAGCCUCAUAUUUUUACAAGUUUCAAAGUGAUGAUCACAUCCUUUUCAUUUCAUUAACACCAAAACACUUUUCAUGUAUUAUAAAAAUUCAUAAUACUGUCAGAGCUUUCAAUAAUUGAUUUCAUGGCAAUUUCAAAAUGGAAGUACUUCUAGUAUGUAAACAUACAACAUUUUGAAGUGAUGUUUAUAGAUAUUCUACUGUUUUUGUUUUUUUACACCUUUGGAAAUGAUCCAUUUUAGCUCUCUUUACUGCUCUAGAAGCCAUCUCUGUUGCUGCCCUCUUUGUGGCAACUUUCUGUUUUCUUAUUUCUAGGCUUUGUUGUCUUUCCUCUAUUUCACACCUUUUCAGUACUUGCACUCUCUUUUUAGCUCACCUGAGCAAUGCUCAGGUGAGUUUUUCUGAUCACUCAAUGUCCGUCGUCUGUCUGUCCGUCAGCAUUUCGCUUGUGUAUGCGAUAGAGGCUGUAUUUUUCAACAGAUCUUCAUGAAAUUUGGUCAGAAUGAUUACCUUGAUGAAAUCUAGGCGGAGUUCGAAAAUGGGUCAUCUGGGGUCAAAAACUUGGUCACUAGGUCAAAUCAAAGAAAAACUUUGUGUAUGCGAUAGAGGCUGUAGUUUUCAAGUAAUCUUCAUGAAUUUUGGACAGAAUGAUAACCUUGAUGAAAUCUAGGCCGAGUUUGAAAAUGGGUCAUCUAGGGUCAAAAACUAGGUCACUAGGUCAUAUUAAAGAAAAACAUUGUGUAUGUGAUGGAAGCUGUAUUUUUCAAUUAAUCUUCAUGAAUUUUGGUCAGAAUGAUUGCCUUGAUGAAAUCUAGGUCAGCUUCGAAUAUUGGUCAUCUGGGGUCAAGAGUAGGUCAUUAGGUAAAAAUCAAAGAAAAACCUUGUGUAUGCGAUAGAGGUUAUAUUUUUCAGUUGAUCUUCAUGAAAUUUAGUCAGAAUGAUUGCCUUGAUAAAAUCUAGGUCAAGUUUGAAUAUGGGUCAUCUUGGGUCAAAAAUUAGGUCACUAGGUCAAAUCAAAGAAAAACCUUGUGUAUGCAAUAGAGGCUGUAUAUUUCAAUUGAUCUUUAUGAAAUUUGGGCAGAAUUAUUGCCUUGAUAAAAUCUAGGUACAGUUUGGUUAUUGGUCAUCUGUGGUCAAAAACUAGGUCACAAGGUCAAAUCAAAGAAAAACCUUGUGUAUGCAAUAGAGGCUGUAUUUUUCAAUUGAUCUUUAUGAAAUUUGGUCAGAAUGAUUUCCUUGAUGAAAUCUAGGUCAAGUUUGAAUAUGGGUCAUCUGGGGUCAAAAACUAGGUCACAAGGUCAAAUAAAAGAAAUACUUGUGUUUGCUCCAAAUUUAAUGAUACUUGGUCAGAAUAUUUAUUCCAUGCAAUCACUAGGUCUAUGUUUACACUGUUAUGGUGUAUUAUGGUGUGUUUCUCAGGUGAGCGACCUAGGGCCAUCUUGUUUUCUUUACUCGCCUUUAUCAUGUGACUGACUAGUCCUGGAACUAUAGGAUCAUAUAACUGAUCUUUUCUAUUAAAGUAGUUUAGACUUCCUUUAGAGGAUAAGUGUGACUUUACAAUCUGCAGUGAAUUGAGUGAAUUCACCCCUAGCCUUCUAGACUUUGCAUCCAUCACAUCUCCCAUGAUAUUAAAGCAUCCUUCCACCAAGGGGCUGUGAAAACAGGUUAAGGCAGCAAGUACUAAUUUCCUUAACCUCGGAUACCUUUCUACUGAUGCCCACCAGUGGUCAAUUCUUUCCUUUUCAGCAUCAAAUUGUGGAAUUGUUUGAUCACUGUUGAAACGAUGGACUUCCUUCUCAUAUUCUGUUUCUUCUUCUUCUGACAGCACAUUUGUUAUGAGUGCUGGAAGUUUCAACAGAUAGCUUAGGGUUAAGCUAUGUACUCUGGCACAUGGGUCUAUUGCAGAGAGUGUCUUCAGAAGCUUGUUAUUUAUUGGCAUUUUCUGUUGUAGCAUCUUCCCGCUAUUGACAAAGGCUUUCUGAAGUCUUUCUGUUACAUCUUUGAUAACUGGAUCUUUAUUGUUGGACUUAAGUAAGAUUUUUCUUGCCGAAGAUUCAACAAACAUAUCUGUUACAGGCAGCCACAGCUUUCCGUUGUCGAUUGCCAGACUUGAAAUCUUCUUUGCCGCUUCUGGAAGCAGUUCUGGCUUAAUAAAGUACCCAAGGAACUCUUACAAGUCUUGUUUGUUCAUCAUGUAAUAUGUGUACCAUGGGCUCCUUGGCUUGAAAUAGAAGUGUAUAUUCUUUAAGCACUUCCAAUACUGAAGCAUAUACACUAAGAAGAAUUCUGGUUGUCUUCCUCUCAUAGAACAGUUUGUGAAUGAUCCUCCCUUUUCUCUCAAUUCCGUCUUUGGUCAUUUUCUUAACUGUCAGACUGGCCUUCUGUUUUUGAAGCUCCUCAAGACUUUUGUCAGAUAUUUCUUUUCUUCUGAUUACCUCUUGAUAGAUAUACAUGUACUUGUAUUGUUCAGCUUCCUUCUUGUCUUUUAUGAACGAGAAGUAAAAUAUUGUAUAAGCGUCUAACAGUCUCUGCGUGUCUACAGCCAAGGUGUGUGCAGACAGAAACCUAACAGUGACCUAAGAAGCAUUGUGGCAUCGUAUACUUCACACCGAUUAUCUCACAUAUUUUUUCCAGAACUUUUCGCAAGUCAUCUGACCACUGGAAAUCUGUGUGGAUGUCCUUAGCACCAUCGAUGUCCAAGAGAUGAUUUGCCUUCUCCCUCAUUCUUGUUUCCAGGCCUGACUUUUUCUCUGUCAUGGUAUUGCAAGAAUUUAACAAAACUGAUAUGAGAUUGUCCCAGGGCAAACCAUGCUGCUCAAACAUCUCAUGCACCUUAUCAAACAGAGUAGCUGCAUCAGCAGUCACAAUACUGAAUGACUCACAAUUUCACAAUUAUUUGCUUUUCUUGUUCACAAAAAUAGCUAACUAGAACCGCAACUAUUUUUUCAUUGUUAUUAUCCCCCGACAAAAGUCGGAGGGAUAUACUUUUGGCGUUGUCCGUCCGUCUUUCCGUCCGUCCGGAGCCAUAUGUAGGAAAUGGUUGGGAAUAUUUAUUUAAAACUUCAUAUACAUGUUCACCACUAUGAGUUCUUGCGGCCCGUCAGGUUUCAGUCAGAUUGCCCAAGUAACACCAGAGUUAUGGCCCUUAGAAGUUUCUAGUGUUAACUGUAUAGGGUACUAUAAAUAUGGCAAUUUCUGCAUCAUAACUUUUGUUAUAUUUGACCUAGAACUAUGAAACUUAAACAGAAUUUAGAUCACCAUAAUGUGGUUGUGUACACACAAUUUCAUUCGGAUUUAUUUGUAAAUUAAGAGUUAUUGCCCUUUAAUUGUAUAAAAAUCCACAUAUUUGUACAUAACAGACUUACCAUUUUGGUAGAAUUUCAUUAAAUUUCUUUCAUUCUUUUCCAUGAACAUUUAUUGUUAACAUGUGAAGUUGUGUACCCACACUGUUCACCCCCUUACCUUGAUCACACCCCUCCCUACACCCCCCCCCCAAAAAAAAAAUAAUUUUUUUUUUAAAAUUCAUUCCUCGUUUUAGAUUUUUUUCAAACAAACUUCAUAUACAUGUUCACCACUAUGAGGUUAUGGGGCCCAGCAAGUUUCAGACAGAUUGCCCAAGUAACAACGGACGAUUGACGCCAGACGGUGAGUGAUCAGAAUAGCUCACCCUUAGCCUUUGGCUCUGGUGAGCUAAAAAGUUUCCACUUUUGUACAGAACAUCAAUAAUAAGUCUUGUAAAAAGUAAAAACUGCUAGAAAAAAAGGAAAAUUAGAAGAUAAAAAUUUGGUCCCAGUGGGGCUUGAACUUACGCACCCCUGAAAAUUGCAGUCAAAGUAGGUUUUUAGUAGGAAUUGAAUACUCUUCAAAAAGGAGGUACUCUAUUACGGGUCCAAUACCUUAAGACGAACCACAUAUUAAAUGUGUUCUUUUGUGUUUCCUUGGUGCUAAUUAGCACUGACAAAUACAAGUAUCAAUUUUGUUUUUACAGUUUCAAAUUGACAGUGACAUAUACAAAGCUAAGAUGAUGUGUUUAAUGCACAGUACUUUAUGUAUUCAGUUAAGUUAAGCCAACACUUGGUUUCUGCAGUGUAAGAUAGUUAUUUAGCUAUAUUUGCUUUAUAAUGAAAUUGGUUGAAUAAAAAGAUACCAGAUAAAGCUAUGAAAAUAUGGUAACUCAGUAAGGGCCUUAUAUUUUGUAUUUUGUGGUACAGCUGAAAUAUAUCUGUAUUAUCAGAAAAUUUUUCAAUAAGUUCAUCAUGAAGAAAAGCAGAUCACCAAGUUGUGGUGGGUCUUUAAUAAAUAUGCAGUAAGACUUUUUUUACUUUCAUCCUUUGAUAUAUGAAUGUUGAAGAAGCAUUCCUCCAAAUGUACAGAAUCAAAAUAUCCAUCUGUUAACGACAAUCAUAAAGUCUGUAAUAUUAUUGAUGUACAUGUUAGGACAAUUUACAGUCAAGAUGUGCACAACCCUUUUGCUAGGAAAGGUCAUUUUAAACGCAACUGUACACCUAUGUUCAUUUUACAUGAUCAUAGAGUAUCAUAUAAACUAGUUUAUAUAUUGCAAGAUCUCUUUAAGUACAUCCUUUAGUUACUUAUUUUUAGCUCACUUGAGCACAAAGUGCUCAAGGUGAACUUUUGUGAUCGCCCUAUGUCCGUCAUCUAGGUUAGGUUAACUGCCCGCCAUUAUAUGACUGAAAUACUGUUGAAAAAUGGUGUUACACCCAAAACAAACAAAUUAUCUUAACGAAACUUGGUCAGAAAGUUAAUCUUGAUGAUCUAUAGGUCAAGAUCAAAUCUGGGUCAGGUGGGGUCAAAAACUAGGUCAGUAGGUCAGAUCAAAGUUAAAGCUUGUUAACACUCUAGAGGCCACAUUUAUGACUGUAUCUUCAUGAAACCUAGUCGGAAUGUUAAUCUUGAUGAUCUUUAGGUCAAGUUCGAAUGUGGGUCAUGUGGGGUCAAAAACUAGGUCACUGGGUCAAAUCAAAGAAAAAGUUGGUUAACACUUUAGAGGCCAUAUUUAUGACCAUAUCUUAAUGAAACUAUCUUUAGGUCAAUAGGUCAGGUGAGCGAUACAGGGCCUUCAUGGCCCUCUUGUUCUGUUAUUAAUGAAUAAAAGAAUAAAACUGA